CUUCAAAACGGACAGAGUUUACGGAGUACCCAGUUAUUAUUGACCCGUUGCCCCCCGUCACCACUACCACCAGACACCAAAACACCAAUUCGCAAUGUCCUCCCCCGACGACCUGACCGAAGGGGAGCCGCCCGCCAUUGACCCGUACGAGGUCCUCGGGCUGGAGCGGACCGCCUCGCCCGACGAGAUCAAAUCCGCCUACCGCAAAGCGGCGCUCAAAACCCACCCGGACAAGGCGCCCCAAGACGAGAAAGACGAAGCCAAAGAGCGCUUCCAGCAGGUUGCUUUUGCCUACGCUGUGCUCUCCGACCCAGCCCGACGCAAGCGCUACGACGAGACGGGCUCGACCUCGGAAGCGGUCGUCGACGCCGACGGCUUCAGCUGGUCCGAUUUCUACCGCGAGCAGUUCCGCGACGCCGUUUCAGAGGACGCGAUCGCGCAGUUUGCGGCGCAGUACAAAAGCUCUGACGAGGAGCGCGCCGACGUGCUGGCCGCGUACGAGGAGUUUGAGGGCAACAUGGACGCCGUCUACGAGCAUGUCAUGCUGAGCAGCGUGCUUGAGGACGACGCACGGUUCCGGGCCAUCAUUGACGCCGCCGUCGAGGCAGGCGAGGUGUCGCGGUUUGACGCGUACGCAAAGGAGACGAAGAAAUCUAAACAGGCGCGCGUCAAGGCGGCGAAGAAGGAGGCGCAGGAGGCGGACGAGUUGGCCAAGGAGCUCGGGGUCUACGAGAAACUGCGCGGCAGCGGCGGGAGGAAGAAGAAGAGCGCCAAGGACGCAGAGGCUGAUCUGGCGGCACUCAUUCAACGGAAUCAGGCGUCGAGGGCGAGCGCGCUGGAUAAGCUGGCUGAGAAGUACGGGGCUGUCCCGCCCAAGGGUGGCAAAGGGAAGAAGAGGAACGCUAAGGAGCUGGAGCCGGACAUUUCGGAGGAGCAGUUUCAGGCUAUACAGGCGGACAUGAUGAAGAAGACGAAGCGGAAGUGAGGAGCUGCUGCGCACGACUGGGCUUGGAGUAUGGGUUCGACAUUACGGAGGUCUGGUAUUCGGCGUUUCGGGCGAGGCAUCUAGGACCGGCAUGGCGUCAAGGUACAUGGUAUUGGCGGGGGGACCUAAGGCUUUUAUCACAGUGCAUUUGAACUUUCCGCCAGGUUACGGAUAGAAAUCAGAGAAAUGCUCCACUGAUGUGUUGACAAAAG